GACCCACCUCCGUCGGCUGUGUGUGUGUGUGUGUGAUCAGGAUACAAUACACCGUUUUUUUCUCACCCACGCACACACACUCCCGUUAUUCCAGUCGCUGUGGGAGAAAUUCGUCUUUACCUGUCCGACUGCACACCUGAGCGGACUCACCUGUCCGACCAAUGCUCGUGUUGUUUAAGUACAGGAAACAAAUACGUUUAAAGGAAAGGUGUGCUACUGAAAAAAAAAGGUGAUUAAAAAACGACUUGCGAAACGAGAAGAAAGGUGCAAAGAGGAAGAAGAUUGGAUCGACACCUUCCAUUUUUUUUUCUUCCAACUUUGGAGUUUCCUGCUUUUGUAACUUUUGUAACACUUCUUCAAACAUUCCCAAAAAGACUCCCAGAGUGUUAAUUAAACAUGCCGAGGGCCUUUCUGGUGAAGAAAGCCAAUGUUUCUCCGGGAAAGCGGAGCUGGGGCGAGCUCCCUGACUAUGAUCGAGGCGACGUCUACAUCCCAGUCCACAGGUUCCCUCCCUCCUUCCUGGUGGAGGUGGAAGCGAGUCCCGCCGAGGCCUUGCCGCUCUGCCUCACCAAACACUCUCUCUCCGACACACACACACACCUCUCCGACACACACACACAUCUCUCUGACACACACACACACGCCGAGCUGCCGUCCAGCACCGCUCUGGGCCGACAUCCGGAGCAGUGCACCGACAUCAGGAGGAGAGCUCAGGGGUCACCGUACAUACGCUCCAAAAUCAAGGUGACUACAGGUGAGCUUCCUCCCGAUCCCUCUCUCCUUCCUCUCUCUGUUCCCGCCCCUCCAUCCCUCACUCCCAACGCCACGGUGAUGCCCGUUGCCUUGACGGCGACCUCUGACCCCAUGGAAGCGGUCUCCAUGGUGACCAGGUCGACAGGUCAGAGCUCCCCGACGGCGCAGUACAUGUGCCAGAUUUGCGAGAAGACCUUCCAGUACCAGCGCAUGUUGAACAGACACUUGAAGUGCCACAACAACACCAAGAGACACCUGUGCAACUUCUGUGGGAAAGGCUUCAACGACACCUUCGACCUGAAGAGACACGUACGCACACACACAGGAGUGCGUCCCUAUAAGUGCACGCUGUGUGAAAAGGCGUUCACCCAGCGCUGCUCCCUGGAGUCUCACAUGAAGAAGAUCCACAGCGUGGCGCAGAAGUACGCCUACAAGGAGCGCCGCAACAAGCUGUACGUCUGCGAGGAGUGCGGCCUGACGUCAGGGUCCCAGGACGAGCUGGUCAUCCACCUGAACUCACUGCACCCCGACAGCGCCUUGCUCAAGGGCAAGGCAGCGAGGAUGGCAGGGGGAGGAGGAGAGGAGGAGUCUUCUCCUGGAUCUCCUCAUGGAGCCGAGAGCGACGAUACCACUGGAUCCGCUGGGCAGUAAGAGAAGAGGCGGGGAAAUCAUUCAACUCAGGACAAAAUGGACACAAAAGUGAUGAAAAAGGCGGGAUGUGUAUGAAUGUGUUCCUGUAGGAGUGGCUAAACACAUUCAUCCAAAUGUGUUUCUGUAUAUAUCACGAUAACAUAAGUGUGACUUUAACUUAUAUAUAUUUUUACAUGAGAUUGUGAUGGGGGGGAAAAGAAAAAGCUCAUUAACAUGUCAGUAAUACCAACAAAAAAAGAAUUCUGAUUUGUAUUGCAUGUGAAUAUUUCUGGUGGGUGUCUCUGUACAGCGAGUUUUUCUAUGAAAAAAUACUAUGUGAAUUAAAGGAAGUAAUAUAUA